AUGAACGGUCAAAUAACGUAUGGAUUUGAUCAUCCUUCGGAUGAUGAUAAAGUAUUUACUUUGAACCCCUCCACUGGGGAGGUUAGAGUUGCUCAGUCUUUGGAUUAUGAAGAAGAAUCAUCAUAUGAAAUUCAAAUUAGUGCAAAAGAUGGACUUGGACUGGCUUCUUAUGCAACUUUAUUUGUUGAAAUUGUAGACAUAAAUGACAAUGCUCCUGUUAUAUUUCUGCAAUCACUGUCCAAUCAGAUCCCUGAGAAUGUGUCUCCUGGUACAGAGGUGGGCAUCAUUAAUGUACAGGACAGAGACUCAGAGAACAACAGACAGGUCCGCUGCUCCCUUCAGACUGGGGUCCCUUUCAAGUUAGUACCUUCCAUUAAAAACUAUUAUUCUCUAGUGACCACAGAACAGCUGGACCGUGAGCUAGUGUCUGAUUACAACAUUACAAUCAGUGCCACUGACGAGGGCUCUCCCCCUCUGUCCUCCUCUAAAACUGUCCACUUAACUGUAGCUGACAUCAAUGACAACCCUCCUGUGUUUGAGGAGCAGUCCUACAGCGCACAUGUGACUGAAAACAACAAACCUGGCUCCACUUUAUGUUCUGUUGCUGCUCGAGACCCAGACUGGAGACAAAACGGGACAGUGGUUUAUUCUCUGUUACCUGGUGAGGUGAAUGGGGCCCCAGUGUCCUCCUAUGUCUCUGUUAAUGGAGACACAGGGGUGAUCCAUGCUGUGAGGGCUUUUGAUUAUGAACACUUCAGGAGUUUUAAAGUCCAUGUGAUGGCCAGAGACAAUGGCUCUCCUCCACUCAGCAGCAACGUGACAGUCACUGUGUUUAUAUCUGAUGUGAACGACAACUCUCCUCAAAUACUGUACCCCACCCCGGAGGGGAACUCCUUCAUGACUGAACUGGUCCCUAAAGCUGCACAUGCAGGCUCUCUGGUGUCCAAAGUGAUAGCAGUGGACGCAGACUCUGGACAGAACGCCUGGCUGUCCUAUCACAUCCUCAAAUCCACUGAUCCUGGACUUUUUACUAUUGGUCUCCACAGUGGAGAGAUCAGGAGCCAGCGGGACAUCUCUGAGUCUGACAGCAUGAAACAGAACCUUAUUGUGGCAGUGAAGGAUAACGGACAGCCUCCUCUCUCUGCCACCUGCUCCAUGUAUUUACUGAUCUCUGAUAACUUGGCUGAAGUGCCUGAACUCAAGGACAUUUCUUAUGAUGAGAGGGACUCAAAACUGACAUCCUAUCUGAUCAUUGCACUGGUGUCAGUGUCCACAUUUUUCCUCACCUUCAUUAUUAUUGUCCUGGGUGUGAGGUUCUGUCGCAGGAGGAAGCCCAGACUGUUGUUUGAUGGAGCAGUUGCAAUCCCCAGUGGUUAUCUGCCUCCUAAUUAUGCAGAUGUUGACGGCACAGGAACUUUACGCAGCACUUACAACUAUGAUGGAUACAUGACAACUGGAUCCAGGACAAGUGACUUUAAGUUUGUCUCGUCCUACAAUGACAACACACUGCCUGCAGAUCAGACACUGAGGAAAAGCCCCACUGACUUCUCUGAUGUUUUUGGAGAUUGUGAUGUCUCUCCUGAGGUUAAACUGUAA